AUGCCCGACUUCAGCCUAGCAGGCAAGGUAAUCGUAAUCACAGGAGCCGGGCGAGGCCUAGGCCUCGCCCUAGCAGAAGCGCUCCUAGAAGCAGGUGCCAAAGUAUACGCUCUAGACUAUCUGAAAGAGCCGACACCGGAGUUCAUAGAAUUCCAGCAGCGCGCCAAGACAUGGCACACCGAACUGCAGUACCGCUGCAUCGACGUGCGUGACACAGUCUUACUUAAUACCGUGGUCGAGGAUAUCGCCAAUCAUGAGCAUCGGAUAGACGGUCUAAUCGCGGCUGCGGCCAUCCAGCAGGAGACGUCUGCUCUGGAGUACUCUGCUGAAGAUACUAACACGAUGCUUGAGGCUAAUGUCACCGGCGUGUUCAUGACGGCGCAGGCUGUAGCACGGCAGAUGAUUCGGUUUGGGAAUGGGGGUAGUAUCGCUCUAAUUGCCAGUAUGAGUGGUACUGUUGUUAACAAGGGUCUAAUAAGCCCAGUCUAUAACGCAAGCAAAGCAGCCGUCAUCCAACUAUCCCGCAACCUCGCCGCCGAAUGGGGCCAGUAUAACAUCCGCGUCAACACCCUCUCCCCGGGCUACAUUCUCACAUCUAUGUUGGAGAUGCUAUUCGUCAAGUAUCCUGAGCGUCGCGAGCAAUUCGCGAAAGAGAAUAUGCUAGGCCGUCUAUCCCGGCCCGGGGAGUAUCGCGGUGCGGCUGUCUUCUUGCUUUCUGAUGCUAGUAGUUUUAUGACUGGGAGUGAUCUCCGUAUAGACGGUGGUCAUGCUGCGUGGUGA